GGAAAAACAACAGCUAAGCAGCGUUUAGCAGGAGACGGUUAGCACAACAGGCUAGCUAGACUAGUGCAUAAUGUCUUGAGCAGAAAAGCGUGAAAUGAACUGGCCGUUUUGAGUGGUAACAGGUCAGAUGUUGUUGGGAAAGUGGUAAAUUAGUGCGCGAAGUCUGCAUAAGAAGUCGACAAGUGUAGGUUAGUGCGUUAACAGAGAGCUAAUCCUGCCAUUCGCGUCAAGUUAGCUCAGUUAACCUAGCCUAGCUGCUAAACGACAGCAUUGUUUUUAAAAGUCAGAGCAAGUAACUACAAACGGUUCGGACUGUGGAAUAAGUUACAGGCGUCUGCUUAAACAAGAAAGUCCGAGUUAUUAUCAAGGUGGUCAAAGAAGACGAGCUCAAUUGUCCAGUGAAGAACAGCUGGCCAUGUUGUGUUCAAGUUGUGAAGAUUUCUCCUCCAGCUAAGAGCGUCUGGACCUGAAUGAAUAGUCAGAUUUAAAUUACUGGAGAUUCAUCAGACACUAAAGUAACGAAACAUGACGACGGAGACUUUUGUCAAGGACAUAAAGCCAGGACUUAAGAACUUAAAUGUCAUCUUCAUCGUGCUGGAAACAGGAAGGGUCACAAAAACCAAAGAUGGGCAUGAGGUGCGCACCUGCAAGGUGGCUGACAAGACAGGCAGCAUCAGCAUAUCGGUGUGGGACGAGGUAGGAGGACUCAUCCAGACCGGUGACAUCAUCAGACUUACCAAAGGGUAUGCUUCAGUUUUCAAAGGCUGUCUCACUCUGUAUACCGGAAGAGGAGGGGAGCUCCAGAAGAUUGGAGAGUUCUGCAUGGUGUACUCUGAGGUGCCAAACUUCAGUGAGCCUAAUCCAGAGUACUUGGCUCUAAUGAACAAAUCGGGACUCAAUGACCAAGGAAACAACGUGAACAGCAGCGGUAAUGGUUCAGGUGUUGCAGGUAAUGACACCACCAAUGGAAAUGGAGUAAAUUCCCAAACUGCCAGCUCCACCAACACGCAGCAGGGCGGGCGAGCAAGCAGUGGGAAUGGAAGCAGAGCCGCAGCAGGGAGCACUGUGAGUAAUGGAAAAGAGACAAGGCGCUCUGCCAAAAGAUGAUCAGAGCACAGAGCUUCUCAUCUACCAGCAACAAAGGGAGAUCAUGGACUUCCCUAAAGACUCUGGCCACUGAAAUACUCAGCUUAUUUUAUCACCCAGCUCACUACAAGCAGGUAAAGCAAGAGGAAAACUGUUAAAUCCGUUAACAAGAUAUAAGCAUGUCCUAAAGAGCAAAAGAAACAUAUGGAAAUAUACAUCCUACACAAAUGGUUGACUAUAUGUGGUUUGUCUUUAAUCUUAAAAUUCUAUGUUAAAACUGUAGUUUACCCUAGUUUAUAUUUCCUUUAUGAAUACGUGCAUUCCUGGUUAGUUUAAAAUAAUUUUAUUGUACCCUCCUUGACUACCAGAUAAAAAGAGGUGAAUUUUGAAGUGUUUAAGUGUGAAGAAGAGGUAAAGAAUAUUAUUGGUAAAGUAAAUGUGCAGAAUGUAAA